ACCCGAAAGCAGUAACAACAACUCUCCAUUCAAAUCCAAUCUUCUACACCUAUAAACCCUCAACGAUAAAUUAUUUUGAUGGAAGGAUUGGUGGGUUCACGAAUCAUUCCGAUUCGAGCUUCAUAUAGACGGCAUUACUCUGCUUUUCUCCCUACAUUUUCCUUGCACUUAAGGAAAAACUUGAAUCAGGUUCAAGUUUGGAUGAUGGAACGUCCUAAGUCAUUGGAUCCGAUUGCCGCUUCAAUUCAACCGUUAGAACCCUCAACUUCUGGCCACAUUGAUAAUAAGCAGCCUUCCAAAGAGGUUCUUGAGCAGUGGAGAAGUGCUGAUGCAGUUUGCUUUGAUGUGGAUAGCACGGUAUGCGUAGAUGAGGGCAUUGAUGAACUUGCAGAAUUUUGCGGGGCUGGAAAGGCUGUUGCAGAAUGGACUGCCAGAGCGAUGGGUGGUUCUGUUCCUUUCGAGGAGGCCUUAUCUGCCCGAUUAUCUUUAUUCAAACCCUCUCUAUCUCAAGUCCAGGAUUAUCUCGACAAAAGGCCCCCAAGGAUUUCUCCCGACAUAGAAGAACUAGUCAAGAAGCUGAAGUUUAGGAAUACAGAUGUUUAUCUAAUUUCUGGGGGCUUCCGUCAAAUGAUCAAUCCUGUUGCAUCAAUCCUCGGAAUUCCACAAGAAAACAUUUUUGCCAAUCAGCUGCUCUUUGGAAGUUCUGGGGAGUUUCUGGGAUUUGAUGCUAAGGAGCCUACUUCGAGGAGUGGAGGAAAAGCUACUGCUGUUCAACAAAUAAGAAAGGUUAAGGGAUACAAAGCAUUGGUCAUGAUCGGUGAUGGUGCUACUGAUCUCGAGGCCCGUAAACCAGGAGGUGCCGACUUGUUUAUUUGUUAUGCCGGUGUUCAACUGCGGGAACCCGUUGCGGCGAAAGCUGAUUGGCUGGUCUUCAACUUCACUGAUCUUAUAAAUGCCUUGGAGUAACUUUCU